UUUUGGUCCCAACCGGCUGGCUGCUGUGCCUGUAGGCUUGUCACACGGAGGACCACUGUGUCUGAUUGCAGUGCUCUGACAGGAACGGAGCAAGAGAGAGGAGAGAGAGAGAGAGAGGAGAGAGAGAGAGAAGAGAGAGAGGAGGACAGGAGAGGAGGAGGAGAACAGAAAAAAAACUUUGAUUUAUAGAGGAGGUUUGCUCACAUUAUGGUGGCAGUGCGCAGAUGGAUUCCGUAGAACUUUCCCUGCCCGAGUGUUACUCUCUACACUCUGAACAAGAGUAGAAUGAACGUAUCAAAGGCCCAGGUUAAUAGUGAAGAUAAGUACGGCAAAUGCGGCAGCGCGUGGAGAAUGCAACAGACUUACGACCUCGACGCCACUCACAUGCGGGACGCACAUGCACUUUAUAACCCAAGGCACCUGUGCAGAAUGUCCAGCAAAGAGCGCCACCUAGAGUCCAGCUGCCCGUCCUACAUUAAGACAGAGCCCUCCAGCCCCGCCUCCCUGGCAGACAGCAUCAACCACCACAGCCCUGGGGGCUCCAGUGACGCCAGUGGCUCCUACAGCUCUACCAUGAACGGCCACCAGAACGGCCUGGACUCCCCCACCCUGUACGGGCCUGGGGCCGGCCCCCUGGGCCCCGCCGGGGCCUCCAAGCGCUACGAAGACUGCUCCAGCACCAUCGGGGAGGACUCACAGAUCAAGUGCGAGUACAUGUUGAACUCCAUGCCCAAGCGGCUGUGCCUGGUGUGUGGCGACAUCGCCUCGGGGUACCACUACGGCGUGGCCUCCUGCGAGGCCUGCAAGGCCUUCUUCAAGAGGACCAUCCAAGGGAACAUUGAGUACAGCUGCCCUGCCACCAACGAGUGUGAGAUCACCAAGAGGAGACGCAAGUCCUGCCAAGCCUGUCGCUUCAUGAAGUGUCUAAACGUGGGAAUGAUGAGAGAAGGUGUGCGGCUGGACCGGGUGCGUGGGGGCAGACAGAAGUACAAGCGCCGGAUAGACGCUGAGAACAGCCCUUACCUCAACCCUCAACUGGCCCUGCCUCCCAAAAAGCCAUUUCCCUUUGGCUGCCUUGCAGAUAACAAGAUCGUGUCACACCUGCUGGUAGCUGAACCAGAGAAGAUCUAUGCCAUGCCAGACCCCACCGUCCCCGACAGUGACAUCAAGGCCCUGACCACGCUGUGUGACCUGGCUGACAGAGAGCUGGUGGUCAACAUCGGCUGGGCCAAACACAUCCCAGGUUUCUCCACACUGUCGCUGGCAGACCAGAUGAGUCUACUGCAGAGUGCAUGGAUGGAGAUUCUGAUCUUGCGUGUGGUGUACCGUUCGCUGUCCUUUGAGGAUAAGCUGGUGUAUGCUGAGGACUACAUCAUGGACGAGGACCAGUCCAAGCUGGCAGGACUACUUGAUCUCAACAACGCUAUACUGCAACUGGUGAAGAAAUACAAAGCCAUGAAGCUGGAGAAGGAAGAGUUUGUUACUCUCAAGGCUGUCGCUCUGGCUAACUCAGACUCCAUGCACGUAGAGGACAUGGAGGCGGUGCAGAAGCUCCAGGAUGUACUCCAUGAGGCCCUACAGGAUUACGAGGCAGGCCAGCACCCGGAGGACCCUCGUCGGGCAGGCAAGCUGCUGAUGACCCUGCCCCUGCUCCGCCAGACCUCCACCAAGGCCGUGCAGCACUUCUACAGCAUCAAGCAGGACGGCAAGGUCCCCAUGCACAAACUCUUCCUGGAACUGCUAGAGGCCAAGGUCUGAUUGGCCAACCACGUCCACCACCUCCGAAAUGUCAAUCAGUCACACACAGGCUCCUCCCAUUGACCCCCUGAAACCCCACAUGACACCUGAACCUCCCAAACUCGCCGCCCACUGAGAAAGAUGGGCGGGACUAACCUCUGAACUUUAACCCUUGACCUCUGUGCGUUAGGGGAGACACUGACACUGAGACGAGACCUCUGCUGGAGGGUCGUCUGUGUAUAACCUAUAACCAAGUCAUAAACCAGCUACCAUAACAACGGCACUGUAAACUAUUGACUAUCGACCACGUGUCACUUAUACAUAUAAGAAGGAUUAACGAUGUGAUUAUUGACUAUUGACUGAUGAAAAUAUUGAAACAAGGAAAGAAAGAGAGAGAGAGACACUGCUCUGGUUGUCUCAGCAGCAGAUAAACUGUAACGCUUCUUCUUCUCAGUUUCCCAACCCAGUUUUUACAGGACAUGCUGUUGCAGAAGAAAAAAUUAAAUUAACUAAUACUUUUUGUUGAUGAUUUUCAUGAAGAAAUGUAUAACGGAGAAGAUAGGAGGAGAGGAGACUUGCCUUGCCAAAGGAUGGAGAUCCAUUCAGUGGAUGUCCAGUCCCCAACACCUCAUCUGAUACACCCCCACCCCCCCUGGAACCAGUGCAGUCUGAGGAACAGUCUUUCCCUCACUCUGUAGUCUGGCCUCCUUAACUACAGCGUUAGAACACACACACACAAAGUUCCCACAUGCCAGCCUAUCAGAUCGUUGUCAUCACCCCCAGCCUUCCCUUUGGGUUUGUCAUUUUAAUCACUUACGGCCAUUAGACUUCCUCUUUACCCUUUUCUGUCGUCUUCCAGAGGGUUUUUACAGACAAGACGUAGUGGUUUGAUUAUUAUUGUUACCUUUUCAGGGAGACGGUGAAGCUUUAGUCACUCAUGCAAUAUCAAUGACAGGUACAGGAGUGCUGAAGGGACAGACUCACAUAUUUAUGCUUAUGUUGGAACUUUUUGGUCUUAUUUUUAUUGAAAUUAAUAAGGGUGUAAAUAUAUGAUUCGGUCAUCAUAUAUGGUCUAUGAUUAUUUUGUUUUGUUUAUAUUGUGUUAAUAAGAAAUCAAUCAAUAUAUGUUUCUUUCUAUCAGCUUUACCACUUUCAGAAAUUAUA